GCACACCCGCACGCCCGCGCUGACGAGCGGGCUUCAUGCUUGCUUCACCCGCGCCCCGUCUGGUCCUUAUCGUCGCCCAUUUGCCCCCUAAUUUUCACCCAGAGACGAGCGCGAUGCGGGUCCUGCUCCAGCGCCGUGGCCCAAUGGCACCCGCCGCCUGGUGGUGGAGGGGACAUCCAGGUAGCAGCGAGCCGUUCGCGCGUGCUGCCCCAACGCCCUGGCGCCCUGACAAGGUCCGAGGAUGACUGCGGCGACCCGGCCUGCCCGAGUCAACUACACGCAGCCGUCGAGCGGGGAUCGGCGAGAUUGGGCAAGAUAGCCACCGCGCCAGCGGCCAUAAAUACGCUGCCUCAUCCCCGCCCUGCCCAUCUCGCCGCUCCCCGAUGUCCUCCCUUGCCCUCCUCGCCAUCCCCCGCCAUUCCCUGCCCGGAGAUACCUCGAGGAGUCCCUGCCGCUAGACCAGACUAGGCUCCCACGGCUCCCCGUCGCAGCAGCAACCAUGGGCGCCGCUCCGCCCGACGAAAAAACAAUCGGCCUGGGCCGCUCCCCCAGCGGCAGUGCCCCCUCCGACAUCCAGGCCGGCGGCGUUAUCUCCAGCGAUGGCGGCGCGGGCAUCGCCACUACGUACGGCGAGACCAAGCGCGGCUUGAGCCCUCGCCACGUGCAGCUCAUGGCCAUUGGUGGCUCGAUUGGAACGGGACUCUGGAUCGGAAUCGGUGGCGUACUUACCAAGGCCGGGCCGCUGUCGCUCGUGCUUGGCUACAUGUUCUGGGGACUUCUCUUCAUCUGGCCGCUCAACCUAUGCGUCGCCGAGAUGUGCGCCUACCUGCCCAUCCGCGGCUCCAUUUUCGAGCUCGCGAGCCGCUUCGUCGACCCGGCCCUCGGCUUUGCCAUGGGUUGGACCUACUUCUUCGCUGGCGUCAUGCUUGUCUGUACGGAAUACUCGGCCAUCGCGACCAUCAUCCAGUAUUGGGAUCCAAAAACGAACCCUGCCGCCUGGAUCGCUGUUGCCAUGUUCUCGUGCAUCAUCGUCAACGUGGUUGCCGUUAAGUGGUACGGCGAGGCCGAGUUCAUCAUGGCGUCCACCAAAGUCCUGCUUCUUUUCGGCCUCAUCCUAAUCACCGUCAUCACCAUGGCCGGUGGCAACCCGCAGGGUGAUGCCUACGGGUUCCGCAGCUGGGGCAACGGCAACUACAUCCACCCCUACGUCGCUGAGGGCGCCACCGGUAACUUCCUGGGCUGGUGGAAGGUUGUCAUCUACGCCGGAUUCACCAUUGCCGGCCCCGACAUGAUCGCCCUCGCGGCCGGUGAGAUCCAGAACCCGCGCUACACCAUCCCCCGAGUUGCCAGCCUUGUUUUCUACCGCCUGGUUGGAUUCUACGUCAUCGGCGUCCUCUGCGUCGGCAUCAUUUGCAGCUCCGUCGACCCCGGUCUCCUCGACGCCAUCAAGAACAGGAAGCCUGGCGCCUUCUCCAGCCCUUGGGUGGUCGGCAUCGAGCGUAUGGGCAUCAGCGUCCUUCCCCACGUCAUCAACGCCGCCAUCAUGUUGUCGGGCUGGUCGUGCGGCAACGCCUACCUCUACUCGGCCAGCCGCACGCUGUACGGCCUGGCGCGCGACAACCAGGCACCCAAGAUCUUCCUCAAGUGCACCAAGGACGGCGUGCCUAUCUGGUCUGUCGGUGCCGUCUCGCUCAUUGCGUGCAUCACCUUCCUUGUCGCUUCCGACUCGGCCGUCACCGUCUUCUUCUGGUUUGUCGACCUGACCACCACGGCCCUCAUCAUGACCUACACCAUGAUGAUGAUCGCCUACAUCGGCUUCUACCGCGCCCGCAACGCCCAGGGCAUGGACCCGGCCACUUUGCCCUACCUGGCCCCCUUCACCCCUUACACGAGCUACUUGGCCCUCGUCCUGGGCUGCACGGCCGUGCUGUUUGUCGGCUUCGACACCUUCUCGCCGUUUUCAUACCGUGACUUCAUCACAGCCUACUUUGCCUUCCCCUUUGGCACCAUCAUGUUUGUAGGCUACAAGGUCUUCAAGAAGACCAGCUUCGUCAACCCAGCCGACGCCGACCUGAUCUCGGGCAAGAAGGAGGUGGACGAGGAGUGCAGGCACUGGGAGGAGGGCGGCAUCCAGGAGAACGUCAAGGCACGUCUGGCCGAGAUGAGUUUCCUGCGGAGGACCUGGGAGAAGAUGUGGUAGAGGGAAAGUGCAGGAGAGUUCCAUGGAAAAUGUCUCCCCGCUUGAACGGUAUUUCCGUCUAGUCAUUUCUGUUUUGGUAUAGCGCUCCCCAAUUCAGUUUUCUCAUUUAAAUCAUCAAUUACCAAUCUUGGGUAUCCGUUCCACGAAGGAAGUCGUCUCGCCCAUUACCCCUUGAGCC